AUGACAACGAUGUUCGUCCAACUGCGUGGUGUGGUGUACCUGUUGAUAAUUCUGCAAUGUUGUGUGUGCGUGGUUUCUGCCGAGGUGACCGAAGAGGAUGGGAAGGAUUAUGUGAAUUUCAUGAACCGGUGGAUAGCGAAUGUGGAGAGAGAAUUACCGGGGGCAAAAUCCUGUAAAACAGUAGGUGAGAAACACAAUGCAGAUUACAAGGAACAAGCCGAGAAUGCCUUGAAACUUGCCACCGAAAUGGUGAAUAUGUCUAACAGAACGAAGUACCUGAUGGGAAUACACAAGAAUAAGACGGCAAACGAUGAGGGGAUUAAUGUUAAGGAAGAACUGGUCAAACAAAUGGGGGCGUUGCAGAAAAAAGUUGAAGAGAGCAGGGACAUUGUCACCAAAGCACGGGCAACGCUUGAGGAGGCAAGGGAGUUGGCUGGUUGUAAGACCAUCCUUCAUAACCUGGAGUUUCUGAUGACGGAUAGACAGGAGGAGAAUCUUAACGUCAGUCUGGGUGAACUGGAGAAGUUGAACAAAGCUGUCGAUUCGCACGAUUGGAGAGUCCUCAUUAAUAGGACCAGAAGCAGAGAAAAUGAGACAAAAUGGCUAAUACAGGGGCUAAAGGUGGUCACGAAGCGUAGUACUGGUUAUUCGGUUGAUGUGGCGAAGGGUUUGGGCGAUGCGGCUGCCGCGGUGGAAAGAGCAGUGGAGUGGUUCAAAGCGGUGGAGAGUGAAGUCGGAAUUGAUCAAUACGCAGAAAAAGUAAGGGAACUCGAAACAAAAACAGAGCAAGCGAAAUGGAGGGAGAAGCUGGACGAACCGGACAAGGAAGCAGAUAUUGUGAAGGGGAGUAAUGAGACGACGACCAAAGAAUUGAAGUGGACAAAAAAGAAGGAAGCGGGUGACAGGGCGGUAACUGUUACCGGUGCGAAGGUUAGGGAAUAUACCGGAAAGACGGGGCUGGGGGAUUAUGUGGAUUUGAUGAAUCAGGAAUUGGAGAAGGAGAGAAAGGCCUUGACGCAAAAGAAAAAUAAAGAAGAAAGGGAUUUUGAGGAAAUGAAACAAGAGGAGAUUAGGCGGAAGGAAGAAGAGAGACGAGCCGAAGAAAAAAGGGUAAGAAGGGCGAAAGAAGAGAAGGCGAGACUUGAGAGGGAGGCGGCGGAGAAAAAGGUGAGAGAAGAGAAGGAAAGGAGGGAAAGGGCCGAGGCAGUGAAAUUGGCUGAGGAAAGGAAAAAACAGGAGAAACUCGCUGAAGAAGAAAAGGCAAGAAAAGCAAAGAAGGAGGCCGAACGGGCAGCGGAAGAAGCGAAUAAGGCAAAGAAGAAAGAUGGCAGCAACAGUCCUGCAAUGAAGCACAGUCCCUUAUUGCUGCUUCUGUUGUGUGUGAUGGGAUGUACUCUCGUUUGCUAA